AUGUCAUUUAAUACAGCCGAUGCCGAGCUGAGGUACAAGCAUGAGCUCAAUGAGCAAAUAUCGCAAAAGCGACGUUCGAUUAGCAUGGCGCAACAACUUGACAAGGACAUGUGCAACAGACAUUUCGUUGUCUUUGACACGUUUUGGGGUCGUCCAGGACACGGUGCACCCGGUGCAGAUAAACGGAAGCUGAAAUUGAAUCGUUUGCUUUACGGCUCGCCCGAAUGUACGCCUCUACUACAGCGAACCAGUUACUCGAACGACUUACAUAUAUAA